AUGAACAAGAAACACCAUCUCGUGGUCUUUUCUGGCGGAAGUGCUGCAAAUAACUUGGUCGAUGUGUUUGGCAAGGUAGCCGAUGAUAAGGGGUGUUUGAGCUACAUUAUUCCCAUUUCAGAUAAUGGAGGGAGUUCGAGUGAGCUGAUACGAGUAUUUGGUGGACCGGGUAUUGGCGAUGUUAGAAGUCGCCUUGUCCGCCUCAUCCCAGAAGACCCAAGCUCGCCCGAAACAACAGCCAUAAAGACGUUCUUCAAUCACCGCCUCCACGCCUCUCCUACAGAAGCCCGCAACGAAUGGCUCGACAUAGUCGAGUCCCGCCACUCGCUCUGGCAAUCCAUCACGUCGGAAAAGCGCGAGUUGAUCCGCUCCUUCCUCAACACCAUCAAUCUCGAGAUCGUCAAGCGUGCUCGCCCGUCCUCAGUCUUCAACUUCCAAUCCGCGUCCGUGGGGAACCUGUUCCUCACCGGCGCGCGUCUGUUCACGGGGAGUUUCGAGUCGGCGAUUUAUCUACUGGGCGCUAUUACGGGAGUUCCGAGUAACGUAAACGUGAUACCAGCUAUCAACAGUAAUUUCUCGCAUCAUAUAUCUGCAGGAUUACAAGACGGCACUAUUAUUACGGGUCAAAAUGCCAUUUCGCAUCCCUCUGCCCCCUCUUCCUCCUCCGUCAUACCAUCCUCAUCGUCGCCAUCCUCUCACCCCAGUACCGAGUCCUCGCCCGAAACGCAACAGCAGCGCCGCAAGCUCUCCAAGGAACUAACAGACCACGACCUAGUCGAUGACGCCAACCUGCCGGGCUCCCUGCCCACAUUACGCAAGCAGUACAUCACGUUCCAGAAGACGCACACGGAGGAUCUAGCGUCGCGGAUCGAGCGUAUCUGGUACAUCAACCCGUAUGGGCAGGAGAUGCGACCGAGUGCGAAUCCGAAGGUGCUGGAGACGCUACGGGGGGCUGGGUGUGUGGUGUAUAGUAUUGGGAGUUUGUAUACGAGUAUUUUGCCGUGUUUGGUGCUGAAGGGGGUUGGGGAGGCGGUGGCGCUGGAGGAGGGGAUUAAGUACAAGGUUUUGAUACUUAAUGGGAGUUUAGAUCGGGAGACGAGGGCGGUGGGGCAGGAUGGAGAGAGCAAUGAAUUUGGGGCGAAGGAUUUCAUUGCUGCUAUUGCGAAGGCUUGUCAUGGGUCUAGGGGAUUGGGGGAGGUGAAGGAAGAAGAAUGGAAGCAGUAUGUUACUCAUGUUAUUCAUUUGCAAGGGGAGGGUACGCCUAGAGUUGAGAAAGAGGAAUUGAGUGCGUUAGGGAUUGAGACUGUAAGAAUCUAUGGACGGAAGCAUGAAGGGGGGGAGGGAGGAAUGGUGUAUGAUGGAACAGCACUGGGACAGGCGUUGGAGGCUAUCAUGGGGAGAAGGGAUCCGAGGAGUGAUAAAACUCGGAGGAACACUUUGAAUGUCAGCUAA